CUCACAGUAUCUAUCUUGCCAGCGGCGACAACUUAAACAUCAAAUUCUGGUUCCUCGCAGCCGGCCACCUCAUCUCUCCUCCGCGCACCUGCAAUGGCCCACCGCAUCAUUACCCAGGUCGUCUUCACCGGCGCCCGCAUAUUAGGCAAAGCCGUCCGCGAAUCCUACCAGCACGCCGCCGCAACGCAAAAGUAUGCCGCUGCCACCCAGAAGACGGGCGGCGUGGGCUUCGCCUCGAACAACAUCACCAUGGAAGAGGCCUGCAAGAUUCUCAACGUCGGCCCCUCCAAGAUGGGCCAAAUAGAUCUCGAGUUUGUCACCGAACGCUUCAAGCGGCUUUUCGAUCUCAACGAUCCCAAGAAGGGCGGCAGUUUCUACCUACAGAGCAAGAUAUUACGCGCAAGAGAGCGGAUAGAACGAGAAGUACAGAGCUACCAACGGAUGGCGGAGCGCGAACGGGAGCUGUCGGAGGGAUUCAAGCCCAAAAUCACAAAGGAUUGAGCCAUAUCGGACUGGCUUACGCCAUUUGCGAUGCAUCCUAGAUCUCGCAUCAUCUUCGUCUUGCUCGUCCAGCGCGAUACCUCAGCAAGCAUUUCUGCAUCUGUACGGCGUUGAUUGGAUUAUGGGCAUACCGUGUGCUUUUUGGUGUUUGUCUGGUAGAAGACGGAGCGUUUCGGAGAGAGUGCGUCCGCAUGGACCCAACCGGUUUGGCGGUCAUGGCUCUCCACUCUGUAUUGUCUAGAUGUAUAAAAUCUUGUAACAUCGGCGGCUAGGUCGGAUAUCUGAUGAUUUGAAGAAUUGAGGUAUAUGCCAUUCAAA